AUGACGGCCCCGACACCGACUACUCAACAAGCCCGCGCCGCCCAAGCAUCCCACCCAGCCCAACCACCACCACCUCUCCCAAACCCAGACCGAAACCACAACCAGAACCAAGACGACCGCACCCCGGCACUCACCGCCCUCACAACCCAAAUCCAAACCAGGCUACUGACCGUCUACCGGGACCUCCGCCAGCUCCCCACCCUCGCCCAUCCCGAGAUAAUCCUGCACCCAGCCGACCGGGACCUGGUCCGGCCGCCGCGGCCGCCGCUGCGCGGGCUGGCGGCGGCGCAGCGACACGAGGAGGCGCUGGUCGCGGCGGCGCGGGGCACGCUUGUGAUGGACGUGUCGAGCGUCACGGUUGGGGAGGGGGGUGUGUUCGCGUGCGUGAUGGGGGUUUUGAGGGCUGGUGGGGACUGGAAUGGGGAUGGGAAUGGUUCUAAGGGGGAUGGGGAUGGGGAUGGGGAUGCACGACCAAAGCCGAGAGGCAAGAUCGCAGUCCCGUUCUGCGGGCUGUGGAGGUUCGACGGCGAGGGCAGGGCCGUCGAGCACUGGGAAAACGCUGCGGAUCCGGAGGCGCUGGCACAGUGGUUACGGGGGGAAUGA